AUGGAGGAGCAGGCACGCAUACAAGAUGAGGAGUGGUACAACACCGCCAAAGCUAACUUGAAACGCCUGUGCGCAACUCAAAGGCAGCAGACAUUGCAAACUACCGUUCCUGAUUCAAUUGCUCCUGUACCGCUUCCAAAGCUACAGUUGGCGUCAUUUAGUGGUGAUCCCACUCAAUGGCUUCCUUUUCAUGAUGCUUUUUGCUCACUUAUUCAUACGAAUGUUAAUUUGUCGGACGGACAAAAAUUACACUAUUUACGAAACUGUUUGAAUGGGGAAGCAUUCGAUUUGGUGAGUAGCUUAGCAGUAUAUAAUAGCAAAUACACUGAAGCUUGGGACUUAUUGACCGCGAGGUACAAGGUCAUGCGUGUCAUGGUGGACAGCCACAUCAAAGCAUUCAUGGCAAUUGGGAGGGCAGCCAAGGAUACAGCUAAGGGAAUAAAGGAAGUACUAAAUUCUAUACUUCAACACGUUGGUGCACUACGUGCACUCGAACGACCAGUCGAAUUCUGGGAUGACUGGCUUGUUAACCUAACCGUUUCAAAGUUAGCACAUGAAACCCGUAAGCAAUGGGAGUUAUCGCUCGUCAUGGAUGAUCUACCAUCCUUCUCCGUUCUUCGAGAAUUUCUUGAAAACCGCUCACGCUCACUGGAGAUGGUACCAUUACUCAACACUACCGCAAAGACAACAACAACAACAAAGAAUGUUUUCCAUACGGCAUUUACAGAGCCAGAAGUAAAUAUCGCUACAUCAGCCGCUACAAAGGGGCCGCAUUGUUCUUUUUGCAAUGGUGAUCAUAAAAUCUACGUUUGCUCACAGUUCAGCCAACUCGACUCCAAGGGUAAACUAACUGCUACUACGAGGUUAGGUACGUGUAUAAAUUGUCUCAGCAAAGGGCAUAGCCUCGCUAACUGUCAUAGCAUAUCGUCGUGUCGCAUAUGCCAACGACAUCAUCACAUCUUACUUCACGAAAACUUUACCAAUCAACCGGCAAAGCUUAAUACUCUUUCAAAUGAACAACGUUUAAAUGUAACUGCACACUACGCCGACGCUGAUCGCGUCAUACUAUUAGCAACCGCCGAAAUUAUGGCACAAGAUUAUACCGGGUUGGCAACCCGCUCGCGCACUUCUUGA